GUUGAGAGAAGUUUUUAAUUUUACGCAGGUGGAGAAGAUUAGUCUGAUCGACAACUUCUUAACAUCUUACCUCGAUCGUGACUACUCUGCUAUAUACAACAAUGACACCUUCCGCUACAGUUCAACUCACACAGCGAAGGAAGAAACGAUCAGAUCCACUACCGAAGCUCGAACAACCUUUGAUUGCAUUAGGUUUGGAAGGCAGUGCGAAUAAGUUAGGCGUUGGGGUUGUACGUCAUAAUGUUGAUGGAACGGUUGACGUUUUAAGUAACGUUCGUCAUACCUACGUAACACCUGCAGGAACGGGAUUUUUGCCAUCCGAUACAGCAAGACAUCAUAAACAAUGGCUAAUAAGGGUAACGCAAGAAGCUGUCAAAAGGGCAGGUCUGAAUACAAUCAAAGAAUGUACGUGUAUUUGCUAUACGAAAGGACCGGGAAUGGGAGCUCCUUUGCAAUCGGUAUCACUUGUGGCAAGGACGCUGGCAUUACUGUAUGAGCUCCCUUUGGUAGGAGUGAAUCAUUGUGUUGGCCAUAUAGAGAUGGGAAGGACGAUCACAGGUGCACACAAUCCGAUCGUAUUGUACGUUAGCGGAGGGAAUACACAAGUGAUCGCAUACAGUAAUCAAAGAUAUCGAAUCUUUGGUGAAACUUUAGACAUCGCAGUUGGAAAUUGUUUAGACAGAUUUGCAAGAACGAUUGGAUUAAGUAAUGAUCCAAGUCCUGGUCAAAAUAUCGAAAUGGAAGCAAGAAAAGGCGGAAAUCGAUUGAUCGCUUUGCCUUAUGCUACCAAAGGAAUGGACGUUUCCUUAAGCGGAAUGUUGGCAGCAACGGAAGCAUAUACGAAAGAUCCAAGAUUUGUUCCAAAUGAGGGUACGUUUGUGGGCAAACGGAUAGGUGGCGGAGGAGAAGCAAAGAUGGGUAAAGAUAGUUUUGCAAAUUUGGGAAGUUUGGCAAACGGAUUGAAUGUUAGUGCAGACGGAAAACAUCUCAGAAAAGAAGGAGGUGAGAAGAAUAGAGUCAUCCUCAAUGGACAGUCUGAUUCUGCUUCAUCUGUAGAGGACAUCAUCACCCCGGCGGAUUUAUGCUUCUCGCUGCAAGAACAUGUAUUUGCGAUGUUGGUUGAGAUUACUGAGCGAGCAAUGGCACAUGUAGGCAGCAAACAAGUGUUGAUCGUUGGUGGAGUGGGCAGCAAUAAACGAUUGCAGCAGAUGAUGGGUACAAUGGCUGCUGAACGGGGCGGAUCUGUAUUCGCAACAGAUGAGCGCUUUUGCAUGGACAACGGAAUCAUGAUCGCCCAUGCCGGUCUUUUGUCCCAUCGAAUGGGACUGAACACACCAUUCGAAAAGAGUACAACAACCCAACGAUUCCGCACAGAUGCACCUCUCGUCACUUGGCGCACAUGAUGGGAAUGUCUUGCUCUUCUAUCUGUUCAAUCUUUUGUAUCAUCAUGUUGUACAAUAUGUAUUCUCGUUUCAAUCAAAAGGUGUAC